AUGUUCACAAGACCAGCCAAACAAUCAAAAGCUGCUACGAUCGCGUCAUUUAAAAUAUCUCAUAUAUUGGCGAAACACAAGAAACCAUUCGAAGAUGGAUCGGUGGUGAAGGAAGCAUUUAUUGAAGCGGGUGAGACUUUAUUUGGAGAUUUUAAAAAUAAAAUAGAAAUCAUGUCUGCUAUUAGAGAACUUCAGUUAUCUCAUCCGACUGUCACAAGGCGUAUUGAAGUCAUGAGUCAGGACAUCGCAGAUAAACUAAAACAUGAUAUCAUGGAAUGUACAUACUUUUCUUUACAGUUCGACGAAUCCACCGAUAUGACAGACACUGCCCAGCUGUUGUGCAUUACAACCGAUGGAGCACCAGCAAUGACUGGAAACAAAAACGGUUUUGUGGAAUUGUGUCGAGCUAAUGAAGAAUUCCCUUCAUUUUUUUCAUUCCAUUGCAUUAUAAAUCAACAAGUUUUGUGUUCCAAAGUUUUAAACACGGAGGAAAUUAUGGGCAUUGCAACAAAAAUUGUGAAUUCCAUCAGUGCACGUAGCUUGAAACGGCGGCUCAUUCAGUUGCAGUUGGAAGAUAGGGAGUCAGCUGAACACACUGAUUUAGUUCUUCACACAGACGUCAGGUGGUUGAGUUGCGGAAAGUUCCUACAAAGGUUUCAAGAAUUAUUGCUCGAAAUAACAGCUUUUCUAGACAAAAGAGGUGAUGAUACUCAGAUUUUGAAAAACGAAAAAUGGCUGACUGAUUUGGCAUUUUUGACUGACAUCACAAUGCACUUAAACAUCGUUAACUUGGAACUUCAAGGUAAAGGAAAAACUAUUAUUGAGAUGAUUAGCGCAGUAAACGCAUUCAAAAGUAAAUUGCAACUUAUGAUAGAUCAACUGAAAAGAAAGGAUCUGAAACAUUUUCCGUCUUUGAAAGCAAGGAUUCCUCAGUUUAAUUAUGAUACGUAUGAGGAUGAAUUAUCAAAUAUUUUGGGACAAUUCGAAAUGCGUUUUUAUGAUUGCAGUAAAUUGGAAAAUAUAGCAUCAUUUAUGAGUUAUUCUUUUUCAUGUAAAAACAUUGAGGAAUUAGCUACUGAAAUAGCAAGCCAUAUAGAAAAUCGGUGGAGAGUGGUGGAAGAGGCUCAUGAAAAAUUAACUGAUAAUAAAACCAAAACAAGAAAGGGCAGAAAAUAUUACGAAGGAAUGGAUGAAAUUUUCAAAGGAGAUAGAGAUAUUGUGCCUGAAGCUCUAUGA